GUUCAAAUUGUCCUCGUCCGACCGUUCCAAAAAGCCGUUGUGUCUUACCAACAAACCCCAGGUUUCCCCUCCGCAGAGCAGUGUCGAAUCCCGUUCCUCUCGAUCGCCGCCCCCUCUUAACCCCAACAAGCCACUGCCUUCCCCGCCUCCCGGCGACAGCGAGCAGCAAGCCAAUGGCCCGACACCCAAGCCAGUCUUGAAGCUGACCAAGAUCAUGGCUACCCUCAGCGACGACGAUGUCGAGAAGCUCUUCUCCGGAGCCCCCCAGUAUUUUGCUCGCUCCGAGGGCCAUUACACCGGUGCCCCACACCCCUCCGUCGCCUUUCCCUGGGAUGAGUCUCUGGAGAUCCGCGACUUGAAUGAUCAUGUCCAGAUCGAAGACGCAGCCUGGAGCUGCAUCACUGCCUGGCCUCACAUUACGAGGGACAUGAACUCCAAUCCCGCCGCCAUCAGAUGCGCCAAGGAGAGAAAGCGAGCCCACUUUAACCCGCGAUGUCGAGAACGGCCUAACAUGCUGAGUAUGCAAGGGCUGGAGAAGGGCACCAUGGGGUACCAGGCUGCUCUCGAGAUGCCCGUUGGCGAUGCGCUCCAAGAAGAGCAGUUCGGCUUCGACAGCCUCGGAUCCAAGGCCAACGCCAUCGUCGAGCAGCGCCAGAGGAUGCUGGCCUCCAAAGAUGGUCUACGCCGCCUUGAGGAGACGGCCAUCUUGGAUCAGCUCAUCAAGAACGCCGACAGGUACAAGGAGAACAAGGUCCACAGGAACAUCCACAACACCUUGUAUAACGAAUUGUUCCUGGGCAUCCUGCAUCCCCCAACCCGGGUCAUUGACCACCACGACCCAUAUAGUCUUUCUGUCCAGAUCCAGGCCCUUGUUAAGGUUCUUGCCGCGCCCAAUGUCUGGGUCGACUUCUCCCAUGUCGAAUGGAGGAUUCGCUUGGGCCAGAUCCUGUGGGGCUCUUUCGAGGGCGACGAGCUCGAAACUGAGGUCGACAUCGAGGAUGCCGAGACCAACGAUGAGCGUAAGGAGGAAAGGUACUGGCUGCUGCUCCAGAUCCUCCUCGCAUGCGAGCUUCUCAUCAGACUCGAUGCCAUCACCGAGGGUGAAGAGCUUGGAAUCGAGAGCAUCAGACCAGCCGAGAUCAAGCGAUUUGAGAAAGACGCGAAUGCGACGGUUAAGUGGUCGUUGCACCUUGCGCGCGCUUGGCUCGAAAACAUUGAAAUAAUCGAGAGAAAAGUCGAUCCAACGAACACCCACAAACGCAACUCGAGUGGAUGGCUCGCAUCCUUGACAGGGAAGAUGAGCCUGCAUCCCAACAGCAGCCACGCCCACCCGCACGAUGGUAUCUCCGUGUACACCAUCCAGGGACGGUAUUGCGAACGUCAGGUCAACGGUCUUACCAACUUCGCGAGAAAAUUGCGUUGGCCUGAUAUCGAAUCGGACUCGUACGCCGAGCAGAUCUCGGACACGGUCAACAAGGUGUCCGAAGCGACGCCGAUUCACACGCCUGCGGAGACGCCAAUGAGUAUUGACACGAAGAGGUCGUCCUACUUCGGCGGCGGCAGGACCGAAGCGAAGGUCACUCGUCACCCGUCCGGAAAGCACAAGAUUUCAGCAGCCCUGCACCCUUCGGGUUGGCUGUCAAAGUCUUACGUGUCAGGCUUGAUGCUACCCGGCGAAGGGCUGUAUCACUUGAUCAUGUCCACUCUCCUGGAGAACGACAAGGAAGCGAUGGCUAAACUGGGCCCAAUGGCCAACCUCUGCGGUGGUUUUGUAUACCGCGGAAAGAGUUUCUGGAGCACAACGUGCAUUGUUGGCCGUGUUCUGGCCGCUGGUCAGGGUUCCGCGCAGUGCAUGGGAUGGAUCUCGAGCGACAUCACCCCCCAAGGCCAUGGGGACGGCUGGCUCAACAUCGAUGUUGCCGAAGUAUCAGAGGACAUGAAGAGGACUGGCAAGCAGGCCAGGCUCUGGGGAAAGACGCAUGUCGAGCGCGAGUCGUGUGUCUUAGGCGACGCGGACCCCAGCUCGGUGUUGCCCGCUGACUUUAUCAUCCCUUACGAAAACAACUAUUCCGAGCCGCCUCCUAGCCUGAGCAUCUCAUUGCUGUCGCUCAACCUUUCCAAGCCCAUAGAUUCGGCCCAAUCUACUCCGACGGAGGAGACAGUGAUGACCCCGUUCUCUGACGCGACUAGAGACCCUGAGCUCUACACAUACCCGUCGUCCAUCUCGUUUUCUGUUGGUCCCCUUGGAGGCGAGGCAAAGGAAUACAGCUUCGCGCUGACCAAAGAUAUCCACUUCGUCACGGCUCAUCCAUGCCAUCCCUCGUCUCGUGUUAGGGUCUUGAGGUCGCCUUCCAGCCCUACCAUUCAGCAAAUUGAUGUAGACGGUAGCGGCAUCGGCGGUCAGAGCUCCAAGCCAGCCACCGUCACGGGACACCCCCUGCACAAGCUGUUCACGUAUACCGUCGUUCACCUUUCAGAGCUGCUCGAGAAGCCUGACGCCUCGCUGAACGAUCUCCUCCUCAACACGUCCUCUGUCCGACGGCCCUCUCUCACCCCCGUCAUGAACACCACACCCCGCGUUCUGGUGAUUGACUGCAUAACCGGCUUCAAACGUCAACCGCCGACGCAGGAGACACCCACGUCUCCUGUUCUUGAGCGUACCGCCAACGGUGCCAAUCUCGCCACGGCGAACAUGCACCUCGAGUCUCGGCGUCGCCAGUUUGGCAGUGACAUGGAGAUUCUAGUCCGAGCCUUUUGUGCGGAGAAGGGCUGGAAUGCCAUCAUCUCGAGGCGCAGGCGGGGGUGCCUCGCCUGCGCCAUCAGGGAGGCCGGCGCUCUGGCUUGGAAAGUCAUCAUUCGCGUUGACUAAAGUCGCAACACUCCACUCCACUUGACUUUCCUUUUUGUUCUCUCCUUUUCUUAUUUUCGGUUUUGCUUGUGUACAUUUUAAGGCAACGGAAGUCUGGGUGCCAAGGAUCCGGGAAGAAACUCACGGGAUAUACACGUCCACGUACACAGAGAGACAUACAUAGCGUUGAUUUCUGCAGAAUGACUAGGAGACGAAAGGUGGACAUGGGUGUCUGCUGCAUUUUUCUGUUCUGAGCUGUAGUGCGAGAUACCCCCCCUGAUGUAAUACGCUGUAAUGAUCAAUAUUCCUCCUCGGAUCGUCGUUUCCGUCCGUGCAACAUGAAAUACAAACUCCCACGUAGUAACUAACUGCAGAAGCCAUUACACUGUCAAAUGGUCUAACGGCUGUGCCUCAAGUGGUACCGCAUACCUAGAUUUGAAUCAAUCUCAAAAAGUGACAGGGUUCAGUUCACAAAACUGGCUAGAAAAUAUGAUCAUGCAUCUCGCUCGGUGCAACAAUGAAGACGGCUCGGCACCAGCUCCAGACCGAGCCUCCACAGAAACGAAAGAUCUCUGGGCUCUUUUCAGCCUUUAACGGAUAUCGUACCAAAAGAUGCCACCCUCUCGGUUCAAAUCGUCGGCUCGUGGCAAGUCAGUCCGGUCAGCAUGCCGCAGGCCAAAAACCAAGUUGCCUCCCAACGACAAUCUC